ACACACCCUUCAUGGCACGAGAAGUAAUAAUAACAAUAAUAUAAGGAUUAUUCUUAUUAAUUAUUGUCUUUGAAGUGAAUAAUAAUUAAAGUGUUUAAUUUAGAUGAUGAGAGCGGAUGUGGAGUAUGUGAAGGAAAUAGAGAAGACGAGAAGAGAUCUUCGGGCUCUCCUCUACGCCAACCGAUGCGCUCCUCUAAUGCUUCGUUUGGCGUGGCAUGAUGCAGGGACCUAUGAUGCAAUUUCAAAGACUGGAGGCCCUAAUGGCUCAAUUAGAAACCAGAUUGAGCUGAACCAUAUUGCUAACAAUGGGCUUAAAACUGCAAUCGAUUUUUGCGAGACAAUAAAAAACAAGCAUCCAAAAAUUACAUACGCUGAUCUAUAUCAGCUUGCCGGAGUUGUUGCCGUUGAGAUCACCGGAGGUCCCACCGUCGAUUUUGUUCCCGGUAGAAAGGACUCACUGGAGUCACCAGAAGAAGGGCGACUUCCUGAUGCCAAACAAGGUCCAUCUCACCUAAGAGAAGUCUUCUAUAGAAUGGGCUUAUCGGACAAGGACAUUGUGGCAUUGUCCGGAGGACAUACAUUGGGAAAAGCUCGUGUUGAGAGGUCAGGCUUUGAUGGCCCAUGGACAAAUGAUCCUUCCAAAUUUGAUAAUUCUUACUUUGUGGAGCUUCUCAAGGGUGACUCGAAAGGCUUAUUAAAACUGCCCACAGAUAAAGCUUUGGUGGAAGAUUCAAAAUUCUACAAAUAUGUGGAUCUCUAUGCAAAGGAUGAAGAUGCAUUUUUUAGGGAUUACGCGGAGUCACACAAAAAGCUAUCCGAACUCGGCUUCACCCAGCCAUCGUCACAACAAUCGUCUAAGUUAUCUGCGAAGAAGAAAAAAGUAAUUGUUGGGAGAGUUGUUUUUACUACCAUAGUUGCAGUUGUCGCCAUAAGUUACUUGUACAACCUUAUCAAUGGAAGAAUUUAAUCCCUGAAAUGCAUGAAUAGAAUACAAAAUAUAUUGUAGUAUGUUGCUCCAAGUAUGCACUUGAUGUUAAUAAUUUAUCACAUUGCUACACUUUGAUCGCAUGUUGUGGUAAAAAUAUACUCCCUCUGUCUCAAAUUAAUUUGACUGUUUACU